AUGGUGCUAAAGAUAGUGUGUUACAACGCCCAGAGCGCAGACUUCACGAGGAUGGAGGAGAUCAGCCUCCAAUGCCGCAGCGUCGACAUCAUAGUUGUCACCAGCACGCAGCGCCACACGGACAUAGAACAUGACAUGCAAGAGAACAACCUCCCUUUUCACAAG